UGAGUUGCCGUGUCAGUCGUGCACACAUACACAGACUCUCACACACAUUCACUGGAGCACCGACUCUCUGUUGAGCUCUGUUCUUCAAACGGCUCGACAGCUUGAGAGCUUCAUCCUGCUCUUGGAAAACACUUGUCCUGGAAAAGAGUCCAGGAUUACAAGAAAAAGAGGAUCAGGUUUUUAAGGAGUGUUUUACAAAUCUGGAGUUUGAGAGGAAGGGACUGAGUCACCGUGUUUCACCAGAACUGUUCUGGUAACCUUUCAGCUGCAAGGAGCUCACUUUAGGAUCUGCCCUGUCCUGGUGGGUCACUCAGCCGGACUGAUGUGGAAUGUGACCCUUUAUGACCCCAUCCCACGGGCCUCUAUUCAAUGAGCCGGACUCGGGAGAGAACAGAUAAUAGAGGCAAGAGGCCGGCACACAAAAAAGAGUGAAAUAACAGCAGCAGGAGUGUUCAGACUGGUAAGAAAGUUAAAGGGGCCCUUGAAGGUGGGGAAAAAGAACUUAAAAUACAAAGGAAAAGGAAUAAAGAGACCUGUGACUACAAAAGUCUUUCUUGGGACUGCAAGACAUUCUUGAACGCAACAGAAAAUUUGACCCUUAGCCUUCAUUUCACCUCUUAAAUUAAUCCCACUGCUAGCAAUCAUGCCAGUGGAGACCCUUCGUCCCACAGAUGGACGUUUUACUGGGGGUCCCUUCACCUCUGCCAUGCCUUUCCGAAUCCUCAACAAAGGCCCGGACUACUUCCGCAGAGUGCCCGAGCCAGGAACGCGGAAGCUGAGUGCAGUUGAGCGCCUAGAAGCAGACAAGGCCAAGUACGUAAAGAGUCAGCAAGUAGCACUCAAUAAACAAGAACCUGUGAAACCCCCAAUCAUCCGCAAACCGCUGUUAUCACCAAGCAUGAUGAUGCAGUGCAGAAUAAACACUCCACCAGCAAGGAAGAUUACCCGGCGUCUACUUGACACGGAGAACGGAGGACCGGACCAUGGCAUGAGCAGAGGACCACAACUCAACCUUGAAGUGCUCAAUAAUCUAAUCAACGUCUGCGACGGACCGCUUGCAUCCUCACCUACCCCAUCCUCUCCUUCUCCCUCAGCCUCCUCACCCUCUUCCGGAGAUCAGAGUGUUGGUAGUGGACAAUCUGCAGAACCUCAGCACUGCAUUCACUUCAAAGCACACCUUGGCUCAACGCCCAACUCCUCUCGCACCUCCUCUCCUCUUAACAAUCAGUCCUCACCUGCAGAGCCCAGCCGAAGGCCGCCUCCGGUCCCAGCCAGAGCUCCCCGACUAGUACCACAAGGUAGUUAUGGGACCCCCAACUCCGUAACUGUGCGACGGGUGGAUGUGCGACCACAGGCAGAGAUCAGGAAACCUCAGAGAUUGCCUCUAAAACCCAAAUCUAGACAAGCUCAAGUAGCUCAACCACAGAUAGCCCAGCCACAGGCACCUCCCACACAGAAGCAACCUUCGGGAACUCACCCUUCAUCCCCCUGCAUACCCUCCAGCCCGCUGCUUCUACGCACCUGCGUUCUACCCCCUGCUUCCCCCGCUUUUACCCGUAUUUCUUCCGCCAGCUCUCGAGGGUCACGUCCUGGUUCAACCCGGAAGCAUCCCUCCCUCCACCGCUCCAAAUCAGACUUGAGCGACCGCUACUCUCGGGCCACAGCUGACCUGGAGCGCUUCUUCAACUACUGUGGACUGGACCCAGGUGAGGUGGAAGGAAUGGGCGGUGUGGAGCGGUUUGCCCGGGCAAAUUCAGACAUUGUUUCAGUCUCCAAACUCCGGAGCGUCAGUACGCCUAGCUCAGAGUGCGGAGACGGUGGACGACGAGGAGAGGAGGAGGAGGAGGAGGACGAUGAUGAUGACGGGCCUGUAAAGCCCAGUGAGCGUGUUCCUUACGGCAUCUCGGUCAUCGAGAGGAACGCACGCGUCAUUAAGUGGCUCUACGGUAUCCGACAAGCACGGGAUGCCUCACAAAACAUCUCCAAUGUCUAGAAGCUUCUCUCUGAUUGUCUACUCAGACAGAGACAAUAUAAAUAAGACAGAGACUUGCUGUAGUAUUCAGUUGAUGUCUAUCACACACCUAAUAUUUAUUAUGUUCUUGUUUGAAGAUGUUUAAAGGCUCUGACAAAUAUUUGUUUAGUUUGUAUUUGCCUUACUAUACGGAUAACGUUCAUGAUGUUUUUUACAUAGAAUUUACAUGGACAUCCUGUUGUUUUUCGGGUAUCUGAUUAUCUGCAAGGAUGACAUACCUCUAGAUGCGGAAUACUACAGACUCAGCACUGUGACUUUGAUACAUUUUGAUUUUAAGCAAUAAGAUUAAUGCUAAAGGCACUAAAAGAGUGGAUGAUGAUGAGAAUGAUGAAAGCAGCAGUCGAUCUGCUGUGUUGGUGCUGUACAGGUACAAAGUCUGUAUUAACAGCAGUGCUGUCGGACCCGUGGCCUAAGCUAAUUCCUAUAGGAACCAUUGUGUUCAUAGUAUUGGAAAUCAAGCAGGUACUUUCUAGUUUUAGAAAUCUUUGAAGAAUUGAAGAAUGAAUGAACCUAUUUAGGAUGCUUGUGUUUAUGAGGUCGUCAUUUGGUGUCAGUGUAGUAAGACCUCAGGGACGUGUUUAAUAAGCCACACCUAGAACAGAGACACAGCCUGCAAAGUCCUAAAGUGCACGCAUGUAGAAACUGAGACACAUACAAACCCCUGCUCACUGUGCACACACUUUUGCUCCAUAGGUGUCAAAUUCACAAGUGCGUCAGAUGUUCAGCAUAGACUUUUUUUUUUUUUUUUUUUGAAGGUGAGACUAUGAUACUGUGAAGAAUUCAGAGCUUCCACAGAGGCGCUGCUCCUCUGCAAACAUGGCUGGUAGACUGUUAAUGUUGAAUAUGAAGUUGAAUUAGAAGUUCAAAAUAUAAGCAUGUGAGAGCCUCUUGUCAGCAUGCACAUGUGGAUGUACAGCUGUAUUAUGUGGCAAAGCACAGUUGCACGAUGUGCACUUCUCAAACAUGCAUUCCAAAACAUAUGGACGUACAUUCCAUUCAGCUUAAUGUUUAUGUAUGGUUUGUGUGGGUUUUGUUUGUUUGUGACUGUUCUUUCUGCCUGUUUUUGUGUUUCAGAUAGGUUAUGUUUCAAACAGUUGUGUAAGACAGGUAAGGUUUGAGAGCUGACAGAACUGAGAGAAAGAGUGUUUGGCUCACUCUCAGGGGAAUCAAAGCUGUAAAAUCAGUUUACUGCAGAGUUUUCGCACUCGUAGUGAGAAAGGAAAGCCUUACGAAGAGAAAAAUAUUAUUUAGAUGGAAGUUUGGUUGAAUAUGUGCACAUAGACAGUCAUGAGGCCACACAAAUGUUCACUUUUGGUUGAGAGUUUUUGAAAGAAAUAUUUGCUUUAUUAAAAAAGCACAAUAAUCAAAAUGAUUUUUUUCCUAGACUGUGCAAUCUAAAUAUAGCCAUAAAUGCAUGAAGAGGUAAACGCAAAACAUUCAUUGACUGAAAUACAUUGCUCUACCAGCACAUUCAGAAAGAAUACACAAAAAGGUACAAACCCUCAAACAGUUCAGUGCAGUAGUUAUUGAAAUAGGAGGGUAACAUGGUGGUUCUGCUUGUUCUCUGAAGUUUACGAUUGACUCGGAAAGAGUUGAAUGCAAAAUUGGUCCUUUGAAGAUGUCAAUAAAGAUAUGAUGUUU